UGGUAUAAUUGUAUCUGGCCACUUGUCGGUGUACGGUGGAUUUCCACGUGGAACAGUUUGUUUUGUUCGUGUACCGACGACGACGGUUAUACAAAAAGUUGACGACGAAAUUGUAUAAAAAAAAAAAAAAAAACCAAAACACAUUAUCAUAAAAUCGGCCGCGUGUACACGAGUGAAUACGUAACGAUGACUGUGGUGAGUGCCCAAAAUGCUUUAGCCAAAGCUGCAGCAAAAUUGGAAAAGCAUAUUAACCUGUUGAAGUACACGAUAUUUUGUAUAAGUGUCGUGAUUUGGAUAAUGGGUAUAUUCUUAUGGGGCUACGUGGUGUACUCAAGGCUCGACACGACACUCCAGGAAUGGAUCGAUGCUCUUGAAAUCUGGCAAGUUUAUUUAGGAAUGUACGUGUUGAUAUUUGCCUCUAUUGUGGUAAUCAUAGCUCCGUUUUUGUCAUGUUUUGCUGUCUAUCAAGAACUCAGCCAACUACUUUUAGCAAACGCAGGCGUGCACUUUUUUUCGUUCUUUGUCCUCUUAUUGGGAUCCGCUGUAUUACUCGAAAACACCACAACAGGAUCUGGAAUCGUACCGGCAAUCAGGGAAAGCAUGAUGAACUUGAUAAUGCAAUCGCAAAGCGAAUCCGCUACAAAUACGCUAAAUAUGAUUCAAGAAUCUAUCGGUUGUUGUGGAGCGGAUGGACCCAACGACUAUUUAGCGCUGAGAAAAGCGUUGCCUACAGAAUGCAGGGACACAGUAACCGGUAACGCGUUCUUCUACGGCUGUGCUGAUGAAGUGACCUGGUUCUUGGAAGAUAAGUCCCGGUGGACGACAAACAUAGCCAUAUCGAUAGCCGCUUUAGAGAUGCUCAUAUCCGUUCUGAGUCUGAUUUUAGUCAAAGCUCUGCAAAAGGAAGAAAAAUUCAACUACAACCGAUGAUAGAAGAUCAUAAUUUCUUUCCUUUUAUAAAAUAACAUUAAUUAGUUGUUUUUAUUUUCACAUACAAAUGCGAUUAUAGUAAAAUAAAACUUUUUUUUUUUAUAAAGAAUGAUCAAUUAAACAAUUAAAAAAACACAAUUUUCUACUAA